AUGAUAGUUUCUGAUCCAUUACAACAUGAAAUAUUGGAACAUGCUAUACAAUGUAAAACAUAUGUAGCUAAAUUUCAUGGUCGAGCUGACGUUCUAGAUAAAUUAGAAAAAUAUAUCAAAAACGAAAAGGAAAAUCGACCAUGCAUUGUAUAUGGAGCAUCUGGUUGUGGCAAAACAAGUGUACUUGCUAAGACUGCAACUGAAGCAUUGAAUUGGUGGUCUGAUCGAUCUGUAUCGGUAAUUUUACGUUUUCUUGGGUAUGUUCGAAAGAUUAACCUUAAAUAUGGGUGUCUUUGA